AUGGGAGACUUUUACACGGAAAAACGACACAGAUUUGCAUUCCUGAGUAUCAUUACUUGUCAUGUCUUCAUCAGCCCUGAUGAACACGAACUGGAGUGCUUGGAACAAUGUCUUCUCCAGAGAAUGCAAUUUGGCCAGGGCGAAUGCUUCCUCGAAAUCGGCGUUGGUGAGGGUCAGGAUCCAGGCCUCUCGUCCGCAGACAUUGCUGCCAGUGUGGUCACGGCCGAGGCGCUAGCGAAAAAGUUGGAUGCACGUCUCAUUCUCCUGCGCGACCGCCAUGUACAGCCAACUGGCAAGCAACAACAACAGCACUUACAACCGUCCCCUACCGACAACACACAAGAUGGGACGAGCUCAGGCGAAAUUUCUACGAGCGCACCGCAUCCCAAGGGCCGCAAUCGGCGAAAAAACCAGCGUUCUAAGGAGCCACCCGUAGCUGAACAAGUACACACGGAAAACGAGCUCACCGAAGAGAUGCAGGAGGGCAGUGCCUCGGUGACGGGAACCAACGACUGG